CUCCUCGACCUUUCUUCUGGCUUCCAGCUCGUCGAUCUACCAGUGGCUCCAGCCCGUCGAUCUUCCAUGAUUCCUGGCUCGACGACCUUCAACUGGCCUCCGGGUCUGACGACCUCCAACUGGCCUCCAGGUCCGACGACCUUCCAAUUGGCUCCUGGUCCAACGACCUUUCAUGAUCCCCGAUUCGACGAACUCCACCUGGCUCCGAUCUGACGAUCGUCCAGCUGGGUUCUGGUCUCGACUCGCUUGCUGCGGCUCGAAGCUUUUUUCCAGCGCUUCGACGCCUUUCCUAAGGCCUGACGCCUCCUACUGGUUCCAGCCCGACGACCUUCACUUGGCUUUCAGUCAGACGACCUUCCUUGGCACCGACUGGACGGCCUCCUGUGGUACCCCGCUCGUAAGACCUCCUGGUCCGACUACCACCACCCAGUAGCUCCGGUUCGACGUCCUUAUUUGGUCCCAGCUCGACGCUCUUCUUUAGGCCCGACGCCUUACCGAUGACGACCUUCCACUGGCUCCCGGCCGGCCGACCUUCCAAUAAAUUCCGGUCGGCUUCCAAUGGAUUCGACCCAAGAUCUCUCCAGUUCACCUGUCCGACGACCACCUCCAUUUAGUUUCCCGGUCUGACGGGAAAAGCUAGCGCCGAAAGAAGGACAACGCGCCGAAGCCGAAGGAAGGUCAACGAGACGGGAACGGUGGAAAGUGGCCGAGCAAGGAGUCAGAAAACUUGGAAGGUCGCCUGACAGGUGCACUGGAAUUUCGUUUGGGACGAGAAUCCAUUAGAAGGUUGGCGAGCCAGGAGUCAACGGUAGGUCGUCGUGUCAUUGCGGUCGUCGAACCGAAAGCCAUGGAAGGUUCGCGGGCUCGGUAUCAUGGAAGAUCGUCAAAUCAGCAACCAGGUCGUCGGACCAGCUCAGCCAAGUGGAAAACCAAGUGGAGGUCGUCGGACUGGAACCACUGGGAGGCGUUAGGCCUCUAGAAAGGAAGUCGAGACCAGAAGUCAGCUGGAAGGUCGUCGGAUUGGAGCCAGGUGGAGUUUGUCGGAUCAGGGAUCAUGGAGGGUCGUCGGACCAAGUGUCAUUCGGAAGGUCGUUGGACCUGAAAACCAGUUGAAGGUCGUUGAGCCAGGAAUCAUGGGAUAAGGCCGGGCCGGAGCCCCUGAAAGAUCGUCAAGCUGGAAGCCAGAAGAAAGGUCAUGGAGCUGCAACAGGAGCGAGAGCGUCGUGCAAAUGAGAGUGACGAAUGAGGUCCGGUGCGUGCAUUGUAGAGGAGAAGCUCCUUCUUUAGGAAGAGCCGCCGGGGGCAGUUAGAAGACUGCGGAAUGCGUGUAUUGAUCGUAUAUUGAGGAGUUGUAGCGUAAUAACUUUGUAUGUGUGAUUGUUAAAUUUUGAGCGUGUAGUAAUUUUAUUCAUUCGGGCCAAAAUUAAGUGUUUAAAGUUAAGAGUGUAAACGUCAAACGCACACGUGAACAACAUAAACAAGAAUCGGCAAAAAGAAUCUGUGGAAUGAAACAAAUUAAGCGCCAGAAUUCGUCAUUGCGAUUUUGUUUUGCUGAACGUCAUGGAGUUACCGUCCGUCGCUCAUAUCCCGGAGUCAAAGCCAACAAACUGGAAGCCAAAUUCGAGUUGAUGUGGCGAAGAAUUGAGACAAUACGAGAGCCGCUAAAUAGAUCGGAUAAAAACUGUCGUUGUUGGAAAGCCGAGCGUCGUUGUUCUGGAGCUAAAUUCACUAUGCCAAGCCGGAACAGAUCCAGCAGAAAGCAGACAUCGAAGAUGCUCCGGGCCGUUGCCAUGCGCCCGUUGAGCAGUACAGCCAGGCAGCGUUUUUAUAAACUGUGAUAUGCCGUGAUACUUGAGGAAACCGAGCUUUGAUAUAACUGUUGUUUGGGUUGGCUGUCAGAUGUUGGUCUUUAACGUAGGAUACGGGCCCGUGAGUAGAACUAACGGAAGCUAGCAUAAGUUUUUAAAAGGUCGUGUGUUGCUAAAAGAUUUGUGUUGUGGUAAGAGUUAGCCGUGUACCACACAUCGGAAAGUCAGUGGUGCUCAACCUCGUUCAGAGUGUUAAGAUUCGCCUUAACGAAGCAAUUGAUGAGAUGAAUAAAACAAGACACACACGUUGGUGUUUAUCAGGAAUAAACAAAUUAUUAUAUGUAACCACGGAAAUUGUUUAGUAUAUAAGAUAGUGAAAUUCUGUAAUAAAGUCAUUCCAAGUUCUACACUCAAGUAGUUACGAAGGUCUCUUCUUUCCAUUGCCCAAAGUGCUGCAUAAAAAAAUAACAGAAAGUGCUUAUUAGAGUAUGACCUCCUUCGAAACUUCACUAACCCAAACUUUCUUUUCAAAAAUAUCACCCACUCUCUGGCACAACCACCUUAACUAAUCCUUGAAUUUUCUCCUUGUUCAAGCCCUGAACUACAUGGUGGUGAAUAUACAAAGUUGUGGUAACUAUCCCGUCAGUAGUGGCAACAUCAAUUCCCCUACCAGAAGCGGAGGUCCAUCGGUAACCAGCUGUACCGGAAGUGAAAUCGACAAACAGGUCGGACUGUGGGAGCGCCGAGUCAAGGGCCUCCGGCGGAUGAUACUGGGCUGGGAUCAAACAAAGCCGCCCGAUCUGCUGAACCGGAUCGACAUCGACGUAACCGGCUGCAGUGCCGUCAGUCUGCGGUUGUACGAACCGCUCGAAGGUGCCAUCUCUACCAAAUUCAAAGUGCAAUGGUCCUCCCGGUUGGACUUCAGCAACGUGGUCGGCGAGCGGGACGUCACCGAGUGGACCAGCUUCCACGGCUGCAUGGGUGCCCUCUGCAAUCUAACGGAGCUGAUUCAAGGCCGCCGGUACUACUUCCGGGCCUGUGCCGGCAACAUCAAGGGCUGGGGUCCGUACAAACUGUCAACACCAAACUGCGUUGUGCCAUCAAGUUGGCGGGAUGUGGAAAACCGCGAUAAUCGCUUCGCCGGCAAGCAGCGGCACCUGGACGAUCUGUUCAACGCGCUGCGGCUGGCCCGGCCCGAAGACGCCUCGGACAUAGCCCUGGAUGCGGCGGCCCCCACCAAGCGAGCCACCAAGAAGAAAACCACCAUCAAGCAGCUCUUCUCUGCAACCUCCAAAUUUCAAAAGAAUCUCAAGCGGGGAAUCUACCUAUCCUGUGUGCUGUACCACGAGGACAAACUGCUGCUCACCAACGAGGACUUCGUGCCGGUGAUAGAAAUAGAUGAAACCUUUCCCAGCAAUCUUAACACCGAUUUCUACUGGCUGAUGAAGGUUGCCUGCACCUGGGAUGACGUCAAACAGCUCCGGAUGGACAUGGAACGGAACGCGUCCUCGGCCAUCCACUUCCGCACCAAGCUGCUGUCGGCGGCCUGCCAGAUGCAGUCGGCCCUCUCCAUCACCGAUCUAGGUCAAUUAUACUAUAAACCGCUGCGAGACGUGCACGGAACCGUGGUGCUUUCCUGUGUGAAUUCCAUUAAGAGUCCAAAAAGUAUCUCGGUGCUGAACUCCCGCUGGAUUCCGCUCAACAAGGUCCACAAGAAGCUGGCCGGGGUGACGUCCGAAGAUGGGAGUCCCGGCAGCAUCGGCGAGCUCCUAAUGAGCUCGAUUCAAGACCAAAUCAACUACCACCAGGUGUCGAACAUCCGGCUGCCACGAGGUCUCUACGUGAGCUAUCUCCGGAUGCAGAGCUCGGUCGAUGUGAUCCAGGUGGUGGUUCCGGUUAAAGCACCGAACGUGCUCCCACACUGCAAGAUCCGAGACAAUCCCCACGUGUCGGCUGAAGAAUGGGAACUGAUCAAGCAGCACAAGCAGUCCAGCUUCCUCGAGUAUCGGCCGAAGAACCAGGGCCCGACCGAAGUGCAGCUGCACUUCCUCGAGAUUCUCACCAAGGCGGUGCACAACCUGUUCCAGUACAUGGACAUCCCGCCAGAACAGGCCAUCGUCCAUCGACUGUACGACAUCGAAGUGAUCGAGCUGAACGGGGAGGUCAGUUUGCUGAUGAUAUGUCCACCGGCUGAAAGUAGCUGUGCGGUGCCCGGACAGAAGGAUGCGUUGCUACAGCGCGGAGACUUAUUCUCGAUGCCGAUUCAGGCCUUUGAAAUGAUUCAUUUGAAGAGUUAUCAAGGCAGUAUCGUUCAGAAAUAUUCAAGGCUGUCUUGUAUAUUGGAGCUCGAUACAAUGAUGGCGAAUCAUCUGCAUCGGGAGGCUUUCAGCUCGCUGGAGCUCCAAAAGGCGAAGGAUCGAUUGGGGAAGUUGCAGGAUUUGAGCAACGGGUUGAAUGUGGUUUGGAAGGGCGUCCGGUGGCUGAUGGAUGUAAUCGGGUAUGCGAGAGAUCGGGGGAAUAUGCCAGAGCUGAAUAUGAAGCAAAUCUUAGACUACAAGAGUACGUACUUUGGCAAGAAGAGUGGAGCUGUUGUUGGUGCAGAGAAGAAAGGUGGAAGCGAGACGUUAUUGUUACAGCCGCCGGGAUCUACUACCCCGACCUUUCAUAAAAGUAGUCCCGGACGAGGUUCAUGGCCGGGACCAGUGAUAGAAAAUACUUUGGGCCACAAUGGAUUGCUCGAUGUGGAGCACUCCAAAUCGGAACAGAUUUUAAAAUACAACAGUCAACGAUUUCUUAAUGUAAGUAAUUUAAAUUCGAGGAAAAAUUCGGCGGAUUCUGCUUGCUCCAAUCCGGGGACCGCUUUUUUCUCCGUAACCGGCGUAGAACCUGAGAAGGAGUUUGUUGUGCCACGGCUGCCGCCAUCCCGAUCGGAGGACACUUUGGUGGAUAAGAAAAAGUCUAACGAUCCCUCCAGUAACAGUAAAAAACGUCCACCUACGAUGUAUUCCAGCUAUUCGGCAACGUCUAGUCCAUUGUUGAGCGUCCGAUCUCCUUUCGUUACCACGAUCAAUGCCUUGACCAAGGCAGCCCCCGCCGGAGUAGAAGAAUCUAAUAACAAUCGUUCAUCGAACCCACCCAUCCUCAGGGUCAGCAAGAAACCCCGGGAUCAACCCUUGAAAACGAUCGUCAACCCCGAACCGGACUAUGAACCAAUAGUCACUACUUAUCUGAAACCAACUCUGACGGCGCUUCAAAAUGAAGCUAAGGGUUAUCAGACUGCCCUACACAUAGCCGAGGAUCCCUCAACAGGCUCAACCCUUCAACAACUCCCACCAGAUGUCCUAGAUCAUCGAUCACCCGCAGCAGUCGAUUCGUCUCCAUCCGGCGUGCAUGAUCUUACUCAACAACCCUCAACCCACCAAAGGUCUCGAUCGAACAAUCCCACUCCAACUCCAGCUUCUUCAGCCUCCGGAAGUACUAGUGAGGCAACCCAAAAAGAUCAAACACCAUCGGCGGCCACCAGCAUAGUCCAGGUGUAUGCGGCCUAUGACACCGGCCUCCCGAGCGGAACCUCCCUCAAGUUACGCGUCACCCAAAAGACCACAGCCCGGGAAGUGAUCGACCUUGUAGUCAAACAGCUGAACAUGGCGGUGGCGCUUAAGGGCAAGGAGGGCCCCAUCUACGGCCCGGACAAGCUGGACAACUUCUGUCUGGUGGCCGUGAUCGGAGCCCGAGAGCGGUGCCUCCGCGAUGACUUCCGACCGCUGCAGCUGCAAAACCCGUGGCGCAAGGGACGCCUCUACGUCCGGCAGAAGCACGAUCUCCUGGCCGCCAUCGAACACUCCAAUCGGGACACGGCCGAAAUUUAGUAAUUAUUUUGAAUGCUUUUUUUUUAUUUUAUGUCUUAGAAUGUUUGCGGAAAAUGUGUGCGCGUGUGAAACUAAUUUUACACAACAGAAGAGGCAAGUUCUAUAUGAAAAACAAAAAAUAAAGACACAGUUUUAAUGAAUGUUAUCGGAGAUAGAUGGGUAUUAUUGCUUGUAUGAUCUUGCCGGCGAUCCAUUUUCAAUAAUCUAAUUAACUGGUUGCUGGAAGUGAGAUACAUAUAACAAUGAACAAUGUUACUAAUGUGAUAGAAUCCUGUUUCAAGAUGACACACCAAUUUAUAGAGAGCGAAAAAAUAGUAGGUAUCUUAGGGGUCGUAUAACCUACGAAAAAUUUAAUGAACAGACAUUUUAAUUUGAACAUUCUUUUCAAUAUCAUUCAUUUCUUUAUAAAAGAUAUCAAAUUCCGAUUUUAUUAAUGGUUGAAAUCAAAAUCAGAAGUUAAAAAUACAAUUUCGAGUCAUCUGAAUCAGAAUCUUAAAAAAAAUCAGAAACAAUUAUAAAAUCUUAAUUGGAAGACGAAUUAUCCGAAAAUAUCCGAGUAAAAUAUUAAAAACUUCACAAUUGCCGUUUUGAAUCAGCAGCUUUAACUCUUUCAUUUUUGUUUCAAAACUACACUAACCAAAAUCAAAUUACCACGGAAACAUGUGAAUAUUUAAAGUCAUAUGUUAAAAAAUAUGUUCUAACGAUUAAAACGAAUGUACCCAUGGUAUUUCUAUCACUGAUUCAGAGUUUAUGUGAAAAAUUAGAGAAGGUAGACAAAAAAAUUGGAUUUCAAAGCUUUUAUAAAAUGAAUAAUACGAAUUAGUAAUCUGUUUUUUUUUCUAUCAAUUUCUAUUUAAGGAAAUGUUAUCAAUUCAUUGCGGACUAUGGUUCUUCACACUUGUGGAUUAACAUCUGCAAACUGAUUAUAGAUUCUGAUUCAGAAUAAUGAACUUUAAAGCUCCAUUUUUAAUUGACUGGUUUAAAGUCCGGCACUUCACUUUUCGGCUCAAUUUUUGGAUCCUGCACAGGUCUAAGUAAAAAUGAAUUUCAAAUAAUUGUUGAAAAAUUAGGUAGGGAAGAAUGCCACGAAGUGGUAAAUUCCUGGCAAAAAAAAAAAAUGUUGAAAAAUUGCUGUUGUAUUCUGAAUCAUGGUUUUCAAUCUGAGUUCGAAUCUUAUUUUAAAUUUAAAUUAAUAAAAAUAAGAAUCUGAACGAUAAGCCGCUAACGAUUCUUCUGGCUUCUGGUUACUUUUUGUCCAUUUAUCAUUUUAAAUUUCAAAUUCAAUUCUGAAAUUCACUUCAGAAGUUUUAUUCUGAUUUUGAUUCUUUUUUCAUUUUUAUCUCUGAAUUUUCACUAAGACAAUUAAUCAUCGUUAAUUUAUUUUUGGGUUAGUGAAAGAUAUAUGAUUCGAGUAUAUUUCAAUUUUGAAGAUCGUAGACGACAUAGAGAAGCUUUAAGAAAAUUAACAAUUGUUGAAAAUAAUCGUAAGAAAAUUUUUAUUUUAUUAACAUUUUAUCACAUGCCAAUUUUUUCUUCAUAAUCGAUUAACGAUUUAGAGAGAUACAUUCCGAUAGAGUUUUACCUACUUAACUACUGUGUAAAGUGAGUACGUUUCUUACAAUAUGUGGCAGAAAUUUAAUUUAGAUUUCUGAUUUCAGCUUCUGAUUCUCUCUCAUUCUGAUUAAAAUAAAAGUCUACAAUCAGAUCUAGAAAUCAGGAAUAAUCUUUCAGAAUUAGAAAUCAAAACACAGAUCAGAAUAACAAGUUAUAAAGUUAAAUCAGCAAAAGUAGCUUAUUCUUGGAAAUAUAUUCAAAAAAAUUAUUUUUUUGUUUUCUUGAACGCAUUGUUCAACUGUCUGGUUCAUUAAAUAAAGAAAAAAAACAAAAGAAACGUAGGGAAUUUUGAAGAAUAUUAUAUCAGUCCAAACAGGCAUACGACGAAUUGAUAGAAAUUUAAUCCAAAAUAUCAAAAAAUAAACAUCAAAUUCAGAAUUGGAUACAACCAAACAGUAUUGAUGUUGUAACAAAUCGUUAAACUAUUUAAGAGAAUUAAGAAAACAGAACUCAAUUUUCAUUUCUCGAUGUUGGAAGAAACAAUCACUGAAAAUGCGAGACCUUUAUCUAGAAGGCAAAAAACACAAUUACCUAGUUGGAUUUUUAUCGGUUCGGAAUAUAUCUAACUGAUAGAAAAAAGCUCAGCCAUAAUCUAGCAUAUAGUAGGUUAUCUAAGGUGUAGGGUAAUAUAUUUCGAUUUGUUAAAUUGAGAUAAAAAUGUCCCUGAUUUCCUCCUCCCCAAAAUAAAUGGGGAAUAAAAAAAAUCACCCAAUUCUUAUGAAUGAGCGAAUGAAGACAUUAUCAUAACAAAAAGGAGAUAUUUAAGCCCGAAACAACCUCCCCAAAACGAAUAAAAAUGGAAAGGUAGCGCAUGAAUUCUAAAACAUUCACAUACAUCGAGCUUAAAAAAACAUGAAACAAAUUCUCAAAAUGUAUCAAAUCAAAUGGAAGUAAACACAAAUCAAAACAAACCCGAGAAUGAUCUACUACGUCAAGAUGUCGCUGGGCAUUUGAGGAACGAAAAAAAAAUAACGGGCUCCCCAAACUCCCCUAAAAUACCAAACAAUAUUCAAGAAAUGUUUUAUUUAUCCUAUUUUUGAUAAGUGAGUUUUAGCUACCUUAAAGACAAAUAUGAUAAGAAUUGACUCAAUGGUGAGAAUUUAGGGUGAGCUGUUCCUUACAAAAAAAAAGUUAAGAAUAAAAGAUAACACGUUUCAACGAUGCACGGGUGCAUUUCGGUGCACAAAAUGUAGGGAAGCUAAAAUAUAGUUGUUGAUCUAGUUUUAAAGUGAAGAUUUUUUCCUUCUGUAUACCAAAACCCACCCCAGAAAAACCAAUUUACUGAGAAAAAAACUGGCAAACUACAUAAUACUGAAAACAUUCGAAACGAGUGAUGGUAACGAUGGUAGCUUAUGGUGAAAUUUUGCGCAAACUACUAGCAAAUUAUAGCUCUUAAGUAGGGAUUUAGAAUUAAUACAUAAAAAAAUGGAAAAUGGCAAUUUUAAAGCUAGAAAAGCCGAAACGAUCCAUUCACAUAAAGUGACCACACUAGAAGAGGAGCAGCAAAUUAAAUGUGUGUGUGUGUGUGUUUGUAAAUAUUAAUUAUUCAUUCGAGAGCAAUUAGUGAAACGAUUUGGGAAUGAUUAUUCUUCAAACAACAACAAACUUGAUAAAAAUAGAAAGAAUUUCCCCCAAGGUCCGAAUCAACUACAUACCUAUACACCCAUAGACUUUACACCCGUAAAAAGAAGAGAGACAAACACACUAGAUAUUACAACAACCAACCAACAAACACAAUCGAACAACUCACAGACAAAUGAUGGAAUUUUGAAUCUGAAAGAUGAUGCACCAGAGAUUCUCUAAAUAAAUGUUGAACCAAAAUAAAAA